AUGCGGGCGCAGGAGCUCGCGAUGACGAACGGCGACGGCUAUCGGGUGGUGGAGACGCGCCCGUGGGUGAACCCGCUGGCGCGUGGUGCGGGACCCAACCCGCUGGCGCGUGGUGCGGGACCCAACUUUCCGGCGCGUGGUGAGGGACCCGACGCCGACCAGGAGGACUUUGCGCUCCGAGAGUGGCUCCGGUGCUCCUUCGAAAUGUGCAUGAGCGAUCGCGACCGCGAGGUGGUGGGGGAGGCGGCGCGGGACCGGGAGCGGAUCCGCCCGGUGGAUGGAGGAGGCGGGGAAGAUGCUGGAAUGGGACUGGGGGAGUGA